GUAUAUGCACAAAACCUCAACUCGUGGGGACUGGGGUUGGGUUUUACAGUCCCCCUUCCUCCUCCUCCUUCUCCUUCCCCCUCGUCGAUUCCUGCAAUUUUCUUUUUUCUUGCCCUUCUGGGUUGGAAUCUCUUGAGUCCGAGUCAACCCAUUCUUCUGAAAACCCUAAUUCGAUCCAGAAGAAGGUCGUGGCAGAAGAAAGCGACGAGCGAGCGACUGAUAUCCGGAGUUACGAUGCAGCGUGUGAAGAGAUCGGCCGCGUCUCUCAACGUUCGAUGGACCGGUUUGAUGGGACUGCGGAAUGGGUUCUCUCUUCUCUCGGAGCUCAAGCGUUCGAGUUCGGUCUCCGAGGCCGGCCUGUCUUCGGCCUCCUCGGCGGUCGCCGCGAGCAACCGCAGCAAUCCGGCGGAAUCCGUUGUAUUUAAGUCACGUUAUGUGAGAAGUACGUCUCAUGCUGAACCUAUGACUAAGGAGAUACUCGGGGCCAAAGGAUUGCAUGUGCCCUUAAGAGUGCUCCACAAUAGGAAAGGUAUAAGGCUAUCCCCAUUACAGCUCCUGUAUACAGGAGCCAAUGUAGAUAGUAGAAUUUAUUCGUUAUCCAGAUCCUUUGCUUCCAGAUCUUCAGAGAAAAAGGGAGAGACUGCAUCAGAGACUAAGAAGGAUGUAUCUACAAUUGAAGAUCCCUUUGAUGCUCCUACCUAUAACAUACCUGAAAAACCUGUCACGUUUGUAGAGGGGGCUUCAUACAGUCUCAUUAUUCUUGCGGGGCUUGGCGUUGCAGCUGCUGCAGCAUAUGGUGUUUUCAAUGAGCUCAUAUUCCAACCAAAAGAAUACAAGAUUUUCAACAUGGCUCUGAAAAGGAUUCAAGAUGACAGUCAGGUUAGGAUAAGGAUUGGAUCUCCAAUUACUGGAUAUGGUCAAGAAAGUAGGAAUCGAGCUGCACGCCAACGUAUUCCACACAGGGCCUGGACUGAUGAAGAUGGUGUAGAGCAUAUUGAGGUCAAUUUCUAUAUUCGUGGGCCCCAUGGAGCUGGAAAAGUUUUUUGUCGAAUGUUUAAAGACAAAGUGGAGAAGCAGUGGAAGUUCACAAGUUUGAUUGUCCAAAUCAUGUCACCUUCCCCUGCACAAUUGUUAUUGGAGUCCUAUGUGCCAGCUUAAAUAAUCUGAAGGAGUCAUUUGACCGAGAUAAAGCUCUCUUCUGCCUUAUUUAUUGCGGAGUAGAUCUCAGACCAAGUUAAGUUAAAGGUAUUUUUUAGGGUAGUAAAAUUGUUGUUUCUUUUUUCUUUCUCAUUUUCAUGUUUUGAUAUCAUGGGCAAGAGCUCGAGGGGAGUUUCGUAGCAUCUCCUUUUUGGUUUUGUUUUUGUUUUUAAAAAUUUUCUUUUCCUAUUUUUGAUCUGAUAAGGAAACUCCUUUCAAUUUCUUCAUAAUGAAUGUGGUUCUUCUGCUGAUUCAAUCACACUGUAGAUGCUUCUACAAUGCAGGCAUGGAGGUUUUACUUA